UGCACACACAUAGAAUUAAUUCACAAAGUUAUCUCUAGGUGACAAAAUUAAAUAUGAAUAGCCCCAAAAAUGCAAAGGAGAAGAAGCCAUCAUCCAAAUCAAAGAACAACAUUUUAAGGCUACUACCAAAGGCAACUCAAGCCGCGGUUUCAUUCCAAAACCCCGCCUUCAGCCCGGGCCGGGCCAAGGGCUUCUCGGGCCCGAUGAUCCCGGCCGAAGCCCGGGGAAAAUCGAAGAACUUCGAAACGCAAGAACCAACUUCUCCGAAAAUCUCGUGCAUGGGCCAAAUCAAGCACAAGAAGAAGAUGUGCAAGAAGCAAACCUCUCUCCCUAGAGGAUUCAGGCCCGCGGUAAAUCCCCAGCCCGAGAGAAUCGGCAAAGCCCGGUCUUCCGGCCCGGGACUGAUGAAGAUAUUCAGCGGAAGAAGAAAAUCUGACGCCUCGAUUGAUGGCGGCUUGGGCAAGCCGCCGCUCGCCGAGAGGGCGCCUAGCUUGAGCCAGAUGAGGAGAUUCGCCAGCAGCCGCGACACGUUCGCCGGUUUUGAUUGGAAGGCAUCUCAGAUAACGCCGGACUCCGGUGAAGAUAGCGACGGUGAGGAUGGCGGCGGCGGUAUCCCUUUCUCAGCGCCGAUAUUGAUGGCUGGCAGCUUGGUUUUGGAGCCGAGGAAGGAAAUUAAUUUGUGGAAAAGGAGGACCAUGGCCCAGCCCAAACCUAUCCAUGUAAACAUUGCUAGGGUAUUUUAAUAAUCUCAAAAAUAGUGACAAAAAGAAACAUGAUUUUCUUAAAGUUUUGGUCUUUUUUCGUUUUCCAUUAAUUUCAUUUAUUAUUCAUUUAGUUAUCACGAACAUGUACAAAGUUGCGAGAUUAAGGAAGUUAAUAAGAUUAGCUUGAUUGCUUCA